CUGGUUGAGAUUUGAGCAUUACGUAGGCAGAUAACUGCCUGGGAUGCCAAAACCCGAAUCCGACAUUCCUCGUUAAGUAGGCGGUGAAUUGGACCACCAGUCGUUGUAUUCAUACGCCAGAGCAGAAAGUAACUGGCGGACUCCGUAAAUAUACCGGCGGCGUCACUACCUAGGUAGAUGCACUGAAAUCGGAUGGUUUAAAACCCCGCGUACCGGCACCCAGUUACAGUCGAGUUUUUAUCGACGCCGUGCUUAGCUUACUUUUGAAGGAUCGUUACUGAUGUGAGAACGGACAAUUUUUUUUUAGUAUUUAUAAUCAUAAUCUGUGCCGCUACAGGUGGGACCGUCGGAUCCAGCAUCCCGGCUGCUGUAAACACAGGAUAUAAAAUGGUUGCCUAUGUAUUUUCAACUCAAACAGAUCAUAGUGACAAGUCGGCGAAUAUUAAACUGGACCGGAUAUCACGGGAUUGACACAUAUCAUAUAGCUUACGAUGGCUUUAAGCUCGCUUGCUGAGGCUUGCGUGCCGUCUACUUUUACCCCUACUCUUCCCGGCGCCGAGAUUCUCUCCAUCGAGGCCUCCAUGGUUAAAAAUUAUAACUUUGAUAUUCCCGACGCUCUAGUAUUUGCGAAUCCUCCCGUUAAUGUUGAAAACGCGAAUUUCUGCAAUGUAACGGUAACAUACACCCAUUCCGGCCAUAACGAAGAAGCACAUGUGGAAGCGUGGCUACCAGUGGAUAACUGGAAUGGUCGCUUUCAAGCCGUUGGUGGUGGUGGGUGGGUCACUGGGCGUUUCGUGUUUUCGUAUGCGACCAUGGCUAGGGCGAUCUAUGAUGGGUAUGCUACUAUUACCACCGAUGCUGGGUUAGGUACGGAAUUGAUCCCAAAUUCAUGGGCUCUUCAGAAUUCUGGGGAUGUGAAUUUACAUAAGCUGGAAGAUUUUGCGUCUACUAGCCUUAACGACGAAGCGAUUAUAGGAAAAUCUCUGAUUAAAAGCUUCUAUGGGCAACCACCGUCAUUCUCGUAUUGGUUAGGUUGUUCUUCCGGUGGACGCCAAGGUAUCAUGCUGGGGCAGCGCUAUCCAACAGCAUAUGAUGGAAUUGCGGCUGGUGCACCAGCGAUACAUUUCACCGAGACCGUCCUAAAUACCUUCUGGGCGGAACAUGUGAUGACCCGCGACGGACAUAUACCCUACGGAUGUGAAAUCGAUGCGAUUAGCGCUGCAGCAGUCUCUAAGUGCACGGGCUCAGACGGCUUCGUACUUGAGGUGGAGGAGUGUCUUAACCAGUUUAGCCCAUUCGACCUGGUCGGAACAAGCACGACUUGCGCGGAGACUAAGACGACGGUUGCCAUCAGCGAAGCCGCUGCUAAAGUAGCGAAAGCCGCAUGGGAAGGAAUAAUAUCAUCGAGUGGAGAGCGUCUAUGGCCUGGUCUCAGUAUUGACACUGAUCUCACCGGAAAUUAUCCAGUAGUUCGCAACCAACGAUAUGUCGCAUCUACAGAUUGUAGUGGCGAACGAUGCGUACCGGUGGGAAAUUUUUUCGGAAAGUCGUGGGUUUCGCUUUUCCUAGCAAAGGAUCCGAAUUUCAAUACCAGCAACAUCACACCCGAACAAUUCGAGAACUUUUUCCACACGAGCAAGCAGCAAUAUGAUUCUAUCACCGGCACAAACGACCCAGAUCUAUCCGAGUUCAAGAAAACUGGGAAAAUGUUGGUUUGGCAUGGAUUGGCCGAUAACCUGAUAUCGCCCAAGGGCACAGAAAAAUAUUCCCGAGAUGUCACCAAGCGCGUCGACAACGCCGAAGAGUUCUAUCGCUACUACCCAGUUCCUGGUCUAGCACAUUGCAUGGGAGGUUACGGAGGACGACCUUAUUCUCUUUUCGAACAACUCCGAACUUGGGUGGAAAACGGGACAGCGCCAGAAUCCUUGCCAGUGUCAUUUUCCGAUCGUCACGGCGUAAUUCAAAAUAGAGUCGUAUGUCCCUGGCCUCAAAAGGCGGAGUUUGAUUCGGACUGCGGGGAUGUAACGAAGGCUGAAUGUUGGAGUUGUCCUGGCCGAGGAACUAACGAGGAGCCGAAAGCGGAAGAAAAGGAGUCGAAUCUUCGCGGGAACAAACACGAGGAACUUUAGGGUUGAAAUAACACUUUCAAUAUUAAAUAGCCUUGGAAAAUGAGUAUAAUUCAUACUUGUGUUGUCCUAGAAUAGGUGCACUU